AUGUCUCCUUUUCCGUUGGUCUAUGGUAAAGCGUGUCAUUUGCCUGCGGAGUUAGAGCAUAAAGCAUAUUGGGCUUUGAAGAAAUUGAACUUUGAUAUGACAACUGCUGGUGAGAAAAGAAUGCUUCAAAUUAAUGAACUCGACGAGUUUAGGCUUCAGGCGUAUGAGAACAACAAGCUUUACAAGGAAAAAGUCAAGAGAUGGCAUGAUAGGAAGUUGGUGCAAAAGGAGUUCUUCAUUGGCCAACAAGUGUUGCUGUUUAAUUCUCAUCUCAGACUGUUUCCUGGGAAGUUGAAAUCAAGAUGGUCGGGUCCUUUCACAGUAAAGACGGUAUUUCCACAUGGUGCCAUAGAAAUUUAUGAAACAACACCGGAGGAAUCAUUUAAAGUGAAUGGACAAAGAGUGAAGCCAUAUUUCGAAGGACCGGUGAACCGCGAGUCGGUAAGCACAAUCCUCACUACUGUCUAA